CCUCAAACCACAGAUCAUCGAACGUCGUUCUUCCCCCCCCCAUCGCGACUCUUUCGUCACCCCUCCACUCCACCACCCCCAACGUCCACCAUUCUCCCAUAUCGAGGAAUCGCUCCUCUUGCUCCUGGAGAGUUGAUUGCUACCAUUGAUUGAUCGCCAGACGCCCCGUCAUCUCUCGCACAACAUGUUCGCUCAGUCCAUCUCUCGGGCCGCUGCUCGCAGCUCGGCCAUGCCCACCGCUGCCAUUCGCUCCUACCGCACGGCCUCGAGCCCAAUGGCUUGCCUGAACGCUCGUCCCCAGGCUGAGAAGCAGACCAUUGCUUCCCAGCAGACUCGCGCCGCUUCCGAGCAUGCCAUCUCGAAUCCCACACUCGCCGGUAUCGAGAAGCGCUGGGAGGCCAUGCCCCCCCAGGAGCAGGCCGACCUGUGGAUGCAGCUCAGAGACCGCAUGCAGGCUGACUGGCACCAGUUGACCCUCCAGGAGAAGAAGGCCGCCUACUUCAUCUCUUUCGGUAACCACGGUCCCCGCACUCUGCCCCCCAAGGGUGAGGCCUUCAGAGUCUUCGUCAAGGUCCUCCAGUACUGCUCCAUUGGUGUCGGUGUCUUCUACGCCGUCCACUACUUCGCCAAGCCCCUCCCCAAGACCAUGAGCAAGGAGUGGCAGGAGGCCAGCAACGAAUACGCUCUCCGCGAGAAGAUCAACCCCAUCUACGGCAUCAGCUCCGAGGGUUACGAAGGCAAGGGCUUCGUCCAGAGCCCUCCUGCUGAGAAGCAAUAAAUUCCCGGCCAAUUCCUCGGGAAUCAAGGUAGAACGAUUGGACGAGUGGCAAGCGACAGCGUUGGCUUGAUAGAUGGCUAACCCCGACUCCUGCCUGCUUCGAUGCGCCCCUCUGAUCAAGGCGGAUGGGUGACCCUCCAUCCAGCUUGGACACCUGCUCUCGCACAUGUUUUGUUUGUCAAACGUCAAGCCCAAAAAGACCCCUCUGUACCUCGUACUGUGCCAUAAUCAAUGUAUCUCCUUUGUAGCCUUAGAUCGGGGGGUUUUUUUUUGGUUCUCUUUUAGUUUUGGUUUUGCUGUGUGUAAG